UACAGUGAGAGAGUCUACACUGCAGCCUGGAUUCACACACACACACACACACACACACACACACACACACACACACACACACACACACACACACACACACACACACACACACACACACACACACACACACACACACACACACAGAGAGAGAGAGAGUUGGAACAAUCACUCUCUCCUAUUUGAUGGACUGAGCCCCCCCUUCAUCAGUAUUUGGCGUUGAACCGCUGUACCAGCCCGUACUGCAGCACCUGACUGAAGACAGGCUCUCAAAGUCACUGGCAUCUGACAGAAAACCCUCCCUACCACACAAAGAAAGGAAGGAAGGAAGAAAACAAUAAGAAGACAGAUUAAGAAGACAGAUAAGAACAAAAGCCAGAGUGUGACUUCAAAUCAAAGCAAGUGUGUUAAGUGAGACUUGUUCCAUACUGCCACAGCCAUGGCAGACAGUGUGAUUGAGGAGUCAGACUACUACCCUGGGAAGGAUGAAUUGGACUGGGGAUAUCAAGAAGGUGUAGAGUGGGGUUUGCUGUUCCCUGAUGCCAAUGGGGAGUACCAGUCACCCAUCAACCUGAACUCCCGGGAGGCGCGUUAUGACCCCUUGCUCCUGGACGUGGGGCUAACACCCAACUACGUUGUGUGUCGGGACUGUGAGGUCAUCAACGAUGGACACACCGUACGCAUCAUGCUGAGGUCCAAAUCAGUGGUAACUGGUGGACCGUUGCAAAUUGAUCAUGAGUACGAGCUGCAUGAGGUGCGCUUCCACUGGGGCAAAGAGAACCAGCGGGGCUCAGAACACACAGUCAACUUUAAGGCCUUCCCCAUGGAGCUCCAUCUGAUCCACUGGAACACAACCUUGUUCAACAGUGUGGAGGAAGCCCUGGGUAAGAAGAACGGAGUUCUCAUCAUCACUCUGUUUGUGCAGAUAGGGAAGGAGCAUCUGGGGUUGAAGGCCAUAACAGAAGUGCUGCAGGACCUACAAUACAAGGGGAAGACCAAGAUCAUACCGUGCUUCAAUCCCAACACACUACUUCCUGACCCUCUCCUGAGAGACUACUGGGUGUAUGAGGGCUCCCUGACCACCCCUCCAUGUAGUGAGAGCGUCACCUGGAUCCUGUACCGCUACCCACUCACCAUCUCACAGUUACAGAUAGAGGAGUUCAGGAGGCUUAGGUCCCAUCUGAAAGGUGCUGAUCUACCUGAGGGGAAUGACGGGAUGUUGGGAGACAACUUCCGCCCCUCUCAGCCCCUCAGCGACAGGACCGUCCGGGCUGCCUUCCAGUGACACCCCCCUUCCCUCCACGGGGGAUCUUUAGCUCCACGUUUAACAGACAAGUGUGCAGGAGUCAGAGCAGAUCACCACCAGCUGCAACCUGUUCCAUAAUCAAGACCUCUACAAAUACUCAACCCUGCCACUUCCACGCUGCCAGAUCGUAAUCUCUGCUCAGUCAGUCUACAUUUCUAGUCGUUUGUUAAUAUUCAGAUCCUGUUGUCCCUGUUUUCCUUGCCUGACGCUGUUUUCCUCUCCGCUACAGUUCUGCCCGCUGUGACUCUCGUCCCUGUCUCCAGUCCCACGUCUUGUCAUUCUACUACUCUGUCCUGCAUUCCCCACUCUACUACCCCCUUGGAAUCCCCGCUUACCCUGUCUCAACCCCUCUCGCUCCAGCCUCCGCACCCUCAUCUGGCUUCCAGCAACCCGCCCGAGCUUCCCAUGACCUGCACUCCAUCUCCCCCCUGUGUUUCAAUAAAUACCUUGGUUAUUUCAUCCCAGUCUCCUCGUCGGAGUCUGCUACUGGGUUUCACUCCGCGUAACAGGUAUAAGGAUUCAUAAGGAUUAUGUGACAUAAAGUGUGCCUGAAAAUUUCAUUUCUAGCUCUGUAACCAUCAUAGCACAUAUACAGGAAACAGGAUAAUAGUUUGUGGAUUUAAGAGUGGAAAAUAUUAAUAUUAAUAUUGCACAAUGUCAAACAACUCUAACCCAAAACAUAGGACUUAUAAAAAUAACCCUUUGCUCCUCUACCCGCUACCUCUGUGGCCAAACCCAGUCGUAGCGGCGACAUGAUUGCUGGAUUGUUCCAUCUGCAAAAUAUUCCCUUUUUUUAUUUUCAUAGUGAGAAAGAGAGUGAAAGGAGGGGAGAGAGAGAAUGGCCUUGUUGAAUCAGCUGGAAGUUAUGGCUGUACAAAAUGUUGCUGGACAUUUUUCAACUAACCUGGUAUUUGCGAUACUAUCUUCGUCCUCGAAUCGUGGAAACCGGCGUUUCAUAAAAUGGCUGUGUCCAGUUUCAGGGAGUCCAUUUGAAAUCGAUAAAAUGCUCUGUUAAAAUAAAUUAAUGUUUGUUUGCUCCAUGAAGUAAUCCAACAAUGUGUACACCACCAUCUUGUCUUUUUCAAAUCUUCUCUCAUUGAUUGAGACAGGGUGGUCUACCCUAAAGGGCCGCAUGCCAGGAUGACAGAAGCCUGUCUCGAUUAAUGAGAGAAGAUUUGUAAAAAGAUGACGGCACACACAUUGUAGCCAAUACCAGGUUAGCUAAAAAAUGCCAACAUUUUGUAGAGCCACACCUGUAAUUACCAGUAUAAUGGUCCACAUUUCUGUGGUUAAGUCACAUGAUCUGGUGUUACAAUUUAUAGCUACUGGACUUGGAGGGAGCUCACAAAGGCACGAUUUUACUCUGUUGAUUAAGGCAGCGCUGACAGACCAACCAGCUGGCUUCACCUGUGACCUGGAACAUAGCCAUUCGCUGUUGGCUGGUACAAGAUGUAUCCAUGCUCUGGAAGGAGAGACAUGAUUGGCUCUGAUCCAAUAUCCUCACUAACAGUAGUAUACUAGAUGGAAGCACUGGAUUGGGCAUGCAUUCUUACUGGUGUGAUAGUGGGGCUAUUGGUGGAAUGUAGUCCUUGUGAUAGGAUUUGUGCAGGCUUCAUGCAGGUAUGCAUACUUAGCUUGGGGCAUGUAAUUGUACUGUACUGUCAUGCAGGUUGUGUAAUAAGUAGAAAAAUUUCAAUUAACUAACACCUGUUCCUAGGGAUUUUCAAAAUAUGGAAAAUAAAAGUACAGUACAUUACUUUUAAAAAAUGCUGUUAAAACCACACUGUCUCUCAGAAUAGGAAACACUCUAACAAGCAGAAACGUAUGUAGUUCUGUAUAAUAUAAAUGGUCAGGUCAGGUUUAAUGACCUCAGGUCAGGUUUAAUGCCAUAUAAUCUCAGAUGUCUCAUAGGCUGAUAUUUGUUGAGAUAUUUCCGUCAGCUUCUGGCUCCUGUCCUCGCAGUAUUAAACGCAGUGUUUUUGUGCUUUUCGAUAUCUGCUUAUCUAGCAAUAGGAAGCAUGGCAAUAGACGAUUAGACCACAGUGUGCCCUUUCUUGUAAAAACAAAGGAGACAUCCAUCAAAGGUAAAUGACCUUUUAAGGGCUAUAGACAACACAGUACAGCCCAGGGUUAUAGGCUAUGAAAAUGAAACAAUGAAGACUUGAAUUUUGUUGUGUUUUUUUGUUGUUGACAUUUUAAGGUUCUGUAGUUCUUGUACUGACUAAUGUGAUGAUGAUGAUAAAGAUGACUCUUACUGUCACUUAACAAUAAAGGUCAAACUGUUAGUAGUAA